AUGGAUACAAAUGGCAUCUUCUCUAGUUCGUCUGGUGGUUCUGGAAUGCUAGGGCUUGAAAUGUCAUUAAGCCAUCAUCAUCAUCCACAACAAAACCCCAAUUUCCUCCACCAGCAACCACCGUUCGCCGCUGCUGCAUCCGGUGGUGGCGGUGCAAAGCAAGCCUACCCAUAUGCUCCCAAGCAGAGAACUUCACCAAUCAGUGAUGAAGAAGAACCUCAUAGCAACAAUGUGAACAAUCCCUCCACUACGGAGGAUAGCGGCGGUGGUGGUGGCGGCGGUGGCGGUGGCGGGAGUGGUGAUGGGAAGUUGAGAAAGGGGUCUCCUUGGCAGAGAAUGAAAUGGACUGAUAAUAUGGUGAGGUUGCUGAUAAUGGUGGUUUUCUACAUCGGAGAUGAAGUGGCGUCCGACCAACCCCCGGGGUCCGAUACGGCGGCGGCGAAAAAGAAGGGCGGCGGCGGAGGAGGUGGGGUUUUGCAGAAAAAAGGGAAAUGGAAAUCGGUUUCACGGGCGAUGAUGGAACGAGGGUUUUACGUUUCUCCACAACAAUGUGAAGAUAAAUUCAAUGAUUUGAAUAAAAGAUACAAAAGGGUUAACGACAUAUUGGGAAAAGGAACAGCUUGUAAGGUUGUCGAGAAUCAAAGCUUGCUGGAAUCAAUGGAUCAUUUGCCGGCGAAGAUGAAGGAAGAAGCCAAGAAAUUACUCAAUUCCAAGCACCUUUUCUUCAGAGAAAUGUGUGCUUAUCACAACAGCUGCGGCGGCGGUAGCGGCGGAAGCGGUGCAGCUCACCAUUCAUCGCCACCGGAAAUUACAACAACCGAACAACCUCCGUCGUACACACACCACAGACAGAACUGUGUGCAUUCAAACGACAACGAGGAGGAAGAAGACGACGACGGUGACGGCGAUGAGGAGGAUGACGACGGCGACGGCGACCGUUAUCACCCCGAUGACGAAGAAGAUGAGGGUUUAUCCAGCCGGAAAAGGGGUAGAACCGGUGAUAACGACGGCCAUGAGAGCAUAAUCCAACAAUUUAGAGGCGAAAUAAGCUGUGUGAUUCAGGAUUUAACAAAAAGCGUAUGGGAAAAGAGGCAAUGGAUGAAGGGAAGAAUGAUGCAACUGGAAGAACAAAGAGUAGGGUUUCAAGGUCAAUCGUAUGAACUGGAGAAGCAAAGAUUGAAAUGGGUUAAAUUCAGCUGCAAAAAAGAAAGGGAAAUGGAGGUGGAGAAGUUGAGGAAUGAAAGGAUGAAGCUUGAGAAUGAAAGAAUGGUGCUUUUGUUGAGGCAAAAAGAUCUGGAACUGGUUGAUCUUCAACAACAGUAUUCAUCAUCGAAUGCCCAUAAAUGAUGUUUCCGCCAUUAAUGGCGGAUUUAGUUUCUUAAAAAAAAGCUCUCUUUCUGUAAAUAGGUUUUGUUGGUUCCAUUUUGUUUUU